ACGGAGCUUUGUUCGUUGUGUUUUAAGCUGGAGUCGUAGCUGAGUUUUGUCUCAUUGGUCGUCUUUCAUUAAAUUUUUUGAGAUUACUUUCUUAUGCUAAAUUUCUUUUCCACGUCGGCAUUUGACGUGCAUACAAAAAAAAAAAAAAAAAUCCUGUGAGUCGAGUCAGAUCGAGGCGGAGACAGUGGGCUCGUGCUGCACGUCUGCAAUGUCCGCGGAACAGAGUCUGUUUUAAAUUGGUUUAAACAGGAUGACUGGAGACAUGGUGGUCUGGAGGGGUCUGGUCUGGAUGACACAGGCGGCCACCAGAACCUCAGGAGGCGGCCUGUCCGGCACUGCAAACCACAGGUUCCAUCAUUCCGCCGGCUCAGCACGGCAGACAUUCAACAGACUGCAAGAAGCGUGCAUCCACAAAACCAAGACGAUACAAUUUCAAGAUUAUUCAACGAUGGGAGCUUGUUUUAGUGGUUGUUUCAUUGAAAAUGUAAAAGGGAACCAGAGAACCUGCAGCGGUCGACUGAAUGCCAAGAGACCCAAAUACCAAAGACACUGGUCAAGUCAACUGUUCUCUGAAUCUACGAGAUUAUUUAACCAGGACAAUUCCACAAUGAGGCAGCUGACGUCGGAGGACAUUCACAAAGCAAGGAACACCACCAAAAUGGACAAUAAGCAGCAUAAACAAGUGCUCAAUGAAAGAGCCAGAGAGCGGAAAGUUCCUGUCACAAGACUAGGACGACUGUUGAAUUUUGGAGGUCUGGCAGUUGAACUCGGGUUUGGGGCACUUGCUGCAGUGGCCAAGAAGAAUUUUAAACCCCAACAGCAAGGAACUAAAAAAGCCAUUCUGGAGUCAACUACCUUCCUUUCUGAAGCCAACGCUGAAAGAAUAGUACGUACGCUGUGCAAAGUUCGAGGUGCUGCACUAAAACUUGGACAGACGCUCAGUAUUCAAGAUGAAGCCUUUAUCAACCCACAGUUGGUCAAAAUAUUUGAGCGUGUUCGACAGAGUGCAGACUUCAUGCCCAUCAAACAGAUGAGGAAAGCCAUCAGCAGUGAACUCGGCCCAAACUGGAGGGACAACUUGGUUAAUUUUGAAGAGAAGCCGUUUGCAGCCGCAUCUAUUGGUCAGGUGCAUUUAGCAAAGCUGAAGGAUGGCAGAGAAGUAGCCAUGAAGAUUCAAUAUCCUGGUAUUGCAAAGAGUAUCAACAGUGACAUACGUAAUAUCAUGACUGCUCUGAGGUUAUGCAACGCGCUGCCUGAAGGUCUGUUUCCUGAGCACCUCAUUCAGGUCAUGAGCCGCGAGUUGGCACUCGAGUGUGAUUACGUAAGAGAGGCGAAAUGUGCCAAAACAUUCCAAGAGCUGCUGAAGGACAACCCGUUCUUCUACGUCCCUGAUGUGAUUGACGAGCUGAGCAGCCAACGUGUCCUCAGCACGUCACUGGUUCCCGGUUUCCCUCUGGACCAGGCCAUUGACCUCCCUCAGGAACUCAGAAAUGAGAUUUGUGAGCAAAUCUUGAUUUUAUGCCUGAGAGAACUGUUUGAGUUCAGAUAUAUGCAGACUGAUCCCAACUGGUCCAACUUCUUCUAUGACCCACAAGCACACAAGGUUGCACUGUUAGACUUUGGGGCCACACGAGGAUUUGAUAAGCGUUUUACUGACGUCUACAUUGAAAUUAUUAAAGCGGCUGCGGAUCAAAACAAGGAAGGGGUGCUGCAGAAAUCCAGAGAAAUGAAGUUCCUCACAGGGUACGAGUCAAAGGCGAUGGAGGACGCCCACGUGGAUGCGGUGACAAUCCUGGGUGAGGCCUUUUCCUCUGAAGAGCCUUUUGACUUUGGAACCCAGAGCACCACUAAGCGCAUCCACAGCCUUAUUCCCAUCAUGCUGAGGGAGCGACUCACACCGCCACCUGAGGAGACCUACUCCCUCCACAGAAAGAUGGGGGGCUCCUUCCUCAUUUGUGCCAAACUCAAAGCCAAAGUAGCGUGCAAGAACAUGUUCCAGGAGGCCUACACGAACUAUUGGAAAGACGGCUGCAAGACAUCCAAGCAGUAGCUGACCGUUUUUCCAAACGCACAUUGAAAUCAGGAGUGUUUUGAACAGAUAACAUGUUCUGUUUGAUAUUUGGUUAACCAGCGACAGCCGACAUGGACAGGCUUUUAACAAAUCUGCACAACUGCCUCGGUAAGUGAAAGGAUGCAAGACUGUGUGAAGAAAAUGUUAGUGUCAAUUAGAUUGUCUGCCUGUUAAGAACAAUCUUGUGUGACUUUUAUAUACCAUUACUAAUCUUUGGAUGAGUGGUGACCAGGCAUCCCAUCCAUCUUCUUAAAAUAACUGUGUAUGCAUAAUCUAAAUGAAUAUUAGAAUGUACUCUGCAUCAUUAUGUGCCUGUAUGGUUUGAGAAAUUGUAUUCCAUUUGAAAUAAAUUGACACUGUUUUUUAAUGAAACUACA